AUGACAGCAACUCCAUAUUCGAAGUAUUACCCAGGACAAGAAGCAGUGCCCCAAUUUCUAACAGAACAUACAAGUUUCAGCACAGAAUCACGAAACAUUUAUGUUCAUGCCUCCACAUUUGAAGGAAUUAGCAAUGAUGGAUCAGGUGGUGCUAUUUUCAGUUCACUACGUAUUGCAAUUGUGCUGUGCAAAUUUGUCAAUUGCCAUUCUAAUAUUCAAGGAGGUGCAUUUGCUAUUUUCCCGGGUGGCGAAUUAUAUUGUACUCAGUGCAUUGCACUUGGAUGCAACACUAAAGGUGCAACACGAAAUGAUAGAGAUGGUUUCUCAAAAGGCGAAUUUUUCUAUUCGAGAGUUAAAAAUUAUAAUUCUAUUAACCACGCCUCAGAAAUAAGCAUUUCCACAUGUUCUGAUGAAUUCUCACAUAGUUGCCAGAGACCAUUGUACUUUAUUAAUGGAAAAGUAACUGCCAAACUUAUUAAUGCAUCAAAUUGUAGAGUAGGAUGGUGUUCUUGUAUGGAGAUUGCAUAUGGCAUUAUUCAAGACUGCAAAUAUAUAAAAGUAGAUAGCUGUGAAUCAUGGCAAGUCGUUAUGGAAUUUGAAGUAACUGCUGGAUCAAUUUCAUAUGUAACAAUUACUAAAUGCAACACCUUAGAUACCAAAGAAUCAUAUAGAUUAAUUAUAUCAAGAGCUUCAAAUAUCAUAUUUGAAUACAUUUCGAUAAUUAAUUGCAAUUUAGCAGUAAGGCAACUUUACGCCAAAUUUGACGAUGCUCAACUGAACUUGAAUAAUUAUUAUAUUCAAAAUGAUAUAUCUUUAGAAGGCGUAAUCACACAAAAUAAACUUGGAUCACAAACAGAGUUUGUCACAAAAUUCUUCGAUGAUAAUGAAAGAGAAAAAUUAAUUAAUUUUCCACCUGACAAUUUCACUAUUUUGAUGAUUUGUUUAAUUGCUGUUUUAAUAAUAGCAUUAGUUGCUGUUUCUGUACUUACACAUGAUAGAUCAGCUCCAGAAACAAACUUUAUGACAGAGCAUGCCUCUGAAAACAGGAGUUUUGGUCACGAAUCUAAUGAACAAAUUCGCAGGCGUCUUUUUUAA